AUGCCCCACGACAAUGCUUUGGUCAUUGAGACAGUUAUCCAUAACUUCAAGGUUCGUAAAGUACUGGUUGAUAAUGGCAGCAAAGUGAACUUGUUACCCUACUACGUCUUCCAGCAAAAGAGGAUACCCGAGGAACAACUCAUGAGAGACCAGGCCCCGAUUAAAGGAAUAGGAGGGGCAAUAUACCAGCAUCUGAUGAAUAAGAUCUUCAAAAAUGAGAUAGGGAGAAGUGCGGAGGUGUAUAUUGAUGAUAUGAUGGUCAAAAGCCGGACCUUCCAACAACAUUUAGUUGACCUAGAAGAGGUCUUCCUGGUAUUGCAGCAGUAUCGAAUGAGGCUAAAUCCUACAAAGUGUGCUUUCUUCAUCAUAGGGGAAAUUUUUUUGGGUUACAUGGUCAGUGAAAAGGACAUAAAGCCAAAUCCAGAGAAGGUGAAAGCCAUUUUGAACAUGUCUAAGCCGAUCUGCAUGAGUGAUGUGCAAAGGCUUACUGGACGAGUUGUGGUACUCAACAGAUUAAUAUCUAGGUCAACAGAGAGGUGCCUACCUUUCUUCAAGAAGCUGAGGGAAGUCCCUAAUUUCGAGUGGCCAGAGGACUGUCGGAAAGCCUUCAAGAGCCUUAAAGAAUACCUCAGCUCUCCACAUGUGCUUAGCAGUCUGUUAAUAGGAGAAAAGCUCUUGAUUUACUUAGCCGCAUUAGAACAAGCAGUGAGUGUCAUGUUGGUAAAGGAAGAAGAAGGGACCCAAAAGUCAAUUUUUUAUGUCAACAAAGUGAUCAAGGGUGCCAAGGUCAAAUAUAUGAACAUAGAGAAGUUGGCAUUUGCCUUGCUGUUAGCAUUGAGAAAAUUCAAGAUGUAUCUAGAGGAUCAUCAGGGUAGCAGGACAGGAAUCCUUCUGAAAGGACUUGAUGGGUUUAAGGUAGGUUAUACCCUACACUUUGAUUUCCUAGUGUCUAAUAAUAUGGUUGAGUAUGAAGCCCUUUUGAGUGGUAUACAAAUAGCUCUGAAAGUGGAGGCAAUCGAUCUCGGAAUAAACAACAACUCACAGCUGAUAGUAAAUCAAGUAAAAAUGGUGUAUCAGGCAAAAGAUCCGCAAAUUGAUAUCCUGACCUUGAAAAAGCCAACCUCAAUUAUGCAAAUUGAUGAGGAACGAAGCUGGAUGACCCCAUACCUUGAGUACCUCAAAGCUAGAAAGCUAUUAGAAGACAAAGCAAAGUCUCGGAGAAUCGCGGCUAAAGUUGCUAACUACCAAGCAGUGAGAGGGACUCUGUAUCGAAGAGGAAAAUUCAGCCGGUGGCUAAGGUGUGUAGGGCCAAAGGAGGCAUCUAGGAUAGUUAAGGAGAUACACCAGGGCAUCUAUAGAGUUCAUGAAGGGAAAACCACACAGAUAAACAAGAUCUUCCAGAAUGGGUAUUAUUAG